AUGGCGGCCAGUGGGAAGACAGGCAAGUCUGCCCAAAGCCACGUCAUCUUCAAGAAGGUCUCCCGGGACAAGUCGGUGACCAUCUACCUCGGGAAGAGAGACUACAUCGACCACAUCAGCCAAGUGGAACCUGUGGAUGGCGUUGUGUUGGUCGACCCUGACCUGAUCAAGGGGAAGAAAGUUUAUGUCUCUCUGACCUGCGCCUUCCGCUAUGGCCAGGAAGACAUCGAUGUGAUUGGCCUGACGUUCCGCAGGGACCUGUAUUUCUCUCGGGUCCAGGUGUAUCCUCCUGUGGGAACUGCAGGUGCCCCCACAAAGCUACAGGAAAGUCUGCUUAAGAAACUCGGGGCCAACACAUACCCCUUCAUGCUGACGUUCCCCGACUAUUUACCCUGCUCCGUGAUGCUGCAGCCAGCCCCACAAGACGUGGGAAAGGCCUGUGGAGUCGACUUUGAGGUCAAAGCAUUCGCCACAGACAUCACAGACUGUGAAGAGGACAAAAUUCCCAAAAAGAGCUCCGUGCGUCUGCUGAUCCGGAAGGUGCAGCACGCCCCCAGCGAGAUGGGCCCCCAGCCCCGGGCCGAGGCCUCCUGGCAGUUCUUCAUGUCCGACAAGCCCCUGAAGCUGGCUGUGUCCCUCAGCAAAGAGAUCUUUUUCCACGGGGAACCCAUUCCUGUGACCGUGAGUGUGACCAACAACACUGAGAAGACGGUGAAGAAGAUUAAAGUGUUAGUGGAACAAGUGGCCAAUGUGGUCCUCUACUCCAGCGACUAUUAUGUCAAGCCUGUUGCCAUGGAGGAAACACAAGAGAAAGUGCCCCCGAAUGGUAUGCUGACCAAGACACUGACCUUGCUGCCCUUGCUGGCCAACAACAGGGAGAGGCGGGGCAUCGCGCUGGACGGCAAGAUCAAGCACGAGGACACGAACCUGGCCUCCACCACCAUCAUUAAGGAGGGCAUAGACAGGACCAUCCUGGGGAUCCUCGUGUCCUACCAGAUCAAGGUGAAGCUCACGGUGUCUGGAUUUCUGGGUGAGCUCACCAGCAGCGAAGUGGCCACGGAGGUGCCAUUCCGCCUCAUGCACCCCCAGCCCAGCUCAGCUAAGGAAAGUUUACAGGAUGAAAAUUUGGUCUUUGAGGAGUUUGCACGCCAAAACCUGAAAGACGCGCCGGAGGAAGGGGAGAAGGAGGCCAAUGACGAGUGA